AUGGAGAUUACACUUGAAAAUGACAAAAACAGCUCUUCAAACUUUGAGUACAAGGGUGCUCACCAGGCAUUCAGGGACCGCUGGAAAGGGACAGAUGACACCAUGUGUCGCCACAGCAUGUCCUUUCACCUACACCACACACUGAGGAGUGAGUUCUUUGCCAGCUACCUGUACCUGCUAGAGAAGAUUCCACUGGUGAAGCUGUUCCCAGUCACCUGUGAGUACAUCAAAGGAGAGAAACAGUUCUACUACAGAGCUCAGAAGUUCUACGAGGAUGUUCCUGCCUCAGAGGAGGGCAUGAUGGGAGAUUUCGUAGAAAUAUCCAAUGUUGAUCUGGAAGGUUCCCUUCAGUUUUUGAAGAGGUUCGUGGGGCCUGGUAAGGCGGGCACCCACUGUGCUCUGGAUUGUGGCUCUGGGAUCGGGCGGGUAGCCAAAGGUGUGCUCCUUCCUGUGUUUGAGAAACUGGAGAUGGCAGACAUGAUGGAGCACUUCCUGCUCCAUGCACAUGAGGAGUACCUGGGUGACGAUGCUGACCGUAUUGAGACCUACUACUGCUACAAUCUGCAAGAAUUCACACCUCCACAAAACAAGUAUGAUGUCAUAUGGAUGCAAUGGGUGGCAUGCCACCUAACAGACAAGGACCUGAUGAACUUCUUGUUUCGCUGCAAAAAGAGUCUGUGUCCAAAUGGUAUUAUCAUAAUCAAGGAUAAUAUGGCUAGGCAAGGCUGCAAGCUGGACCCCAUCGAUAGCAGCAUUAGCCGCCACCUGGACAUCAUGAAGACCAUCAUUGCCAAGGCUGGACUGGAGGUCCUGGCUGUUGAGAGACAGGGAGGCUUCCCUGAGAUCAUUAUGCCUGUCUGGAUGAUUGCGAUGAAAUAG